AUGGGUCAUCAGGAAGCGGUUGUAAUUCUUCUCUCAUUUGAGAUCCUGUCCACCUUAGCACAUGUACCACUAGCUCCUCUUCCCUUCAAAUGCCCACACGGUAGUCCCAAAACUAGAACGGAUGUUGGUACUUAUUGCGGUCGUCGGGAAACUGUCAUCUGGCCGGGAAAACGAACCACUCAAGUGGAUAUCUACUAUGGCAUUCGAUACGCUCAACCACCAACUGGAUCGCUUCGUUUUAAGAAACCAGUACCACCAAUACCGAGACCAGAUCAAAUCUUCAACGCUAACACUAGGCCUGACGCCUGCUAUCAGUACAUUGAUACAUUGUUUCAGAAUUCGGCUGGAGCGAGAAUGUGGCAGCCAAAUACACCACUUUCUGAAGAUUGUUUGUUUUUGAAUAUUUGGGUUCCCAUUCUCCCACCGGCCCAAAAGUGUGCAAAAGUCCAAAAACUUCCCGUAAUGAUUUGGAUAUUUGGUGGCUCAUUCUACAGUGGUUCUUCGGUGUUAGACGUCUACGACGGUCGUUUCCUGUCGACACGUCAGGAUGUCAUUGUAGUCACCCUAAACUAUCGCCUCGGUCCAUUCGGAUUUCUUUACCUCAAUAAUUCCUGGGUUCCAGGCAACAUGGGACUGUGGGAUCAAAGGCUGGCGAUCAAGUGGGUGAAGGAUCACAUUGGCAACUUUAAUGGAGAUCCUUCGAGGAUUACACUGUUCGGUGAAUCGGCAGGAGCUGUGGGUGUUAGUGCUCACCUCAUCUCACCUUGGUCCCAUGGCUUUUUCACCAAUGCCAUUCUUCAAUCCGGCUCCGUGUUCAGCUACUGGGGCAUCGAAGCGCCAAAGAAACAACUCAAUCAAUCAAAAAGAUUAGUUGAAAUGGUUGGCUGUGGCGGUCGCAGCGGACGCGACCUCCAUUCCUGCCUUCAAUUAAAGUCUUCAGAAUCCUUCAUUGAAGCUCAAAGUCAUCUGAUUGAUUCCAAUGCCUUCUUCUCUAUUCCCUUUCCUCCGGUGUUGGAUGGACAUUUUUUGCCCUAUCGAAGUAGUCAAAGUUUUGCUGAAAUGGGCCACCUCAAACCCUCUGGCGCAGUAAUGAUAGGCAUGAAUGCCAAUGAAGGUAGCUACUUCCUCCUCUACACCCUCGUUUCCAAUGCCUCAUUCGCGGAGAACAUUGAAACUCUGCCUGUGGCCACGCAUGAUGAAUACUUCAAAGCACUAUACAAAGUCCUCGACAUUGAACAUGACAAACGACCCGAUCUAAUGGAACCGUUGGCCAUUUACACUGACUUCGAAUAUCGAAAUCAUUCAGAGCCGAAUAAUGCUCAAACGUGGACUCGAAUGCUGGAGGAGAUAAGUAGUGAUCGAGGUUUCAAAUGUCCCACAAUUGAUUUUGCCCAAGCUCUUGUCAACCGAAAUCGAGGGCCACGAAAUAGACUGUCUUUGCGAAGUGUCACACCACGUACGUAUUUUUACGAAUUUGUGCAUCGUACAGAGAAUUUGCCAUGGCCCAAAUGGACUCACACAAUGCAUGGUUAUGAAAUUGAAUACGUCUUUGGCAUUCCCUUUUCACCGGUGUUUGCGGAGAACUUCUACCGCUUCGGUGACGCGGAACGCGAACUCAGUGACCGUAUGAUGACGUAUUGGGCAAAUUUUGCUCGGACUGGGGAUCCUAACAUUCUCGCCGACGGAAAAAAUGUUGCCUCCCUUAAUCCGCCUUCUACUAUUAGUAAGGAGGCCCCUUUAUGGAGCAGUUCACUCGGUGUUGAUACUUCCACCUGUCUCCCGCAUCAUUUACCAAUGUGGCGUUGGCAGGAGUUUGAUGAACGCACAGAGGCCUUCCUCAUCCUCGACACGGAACGAAUGACAAUUGGAAACCAUCCAAGAUCAAGACAGUGCUUAUUUUGGCGUCGAUGGUUCCCCAUCAUGAUGCAACAAGGUAAUGCCGAUGUUUACGCUGAAAAGAGCGUUUAA